AUACGCUUCUGUACUGUCUUCAUUAGAGCAUGUUAUUAAUAACAUACCUGCAACAUCAACCUGCAGCAUAUGUUGUUCGCUGUGCUUCAGUGCCAUCUAGUGGUGCCACGGUAGAACUGCACAUGGGCCUCAGAACACAGCAUUUAACACUUUCACUACCUUUGAGUCUGGCCUGGAGCACUGUGGAAUUUUGCAAAAUAAAAAUGACCAAAAUGACACAGAAAUGUAUUCACAAUUCACCGGUAUUGUGUGCGAUUCGAGUUAAUUCAAGUGCUGUUUAAAGAAUAUGCAAAAUGAUUGUCUUGCUAUACCCCAGGGAUUCUCAGAGGAGGAAACACCCUCCACUAAUAUCACAGUCAUUAUGCUGGCAAACUGGAUUAGUAGAAUAUUGAAUGUCUGGGAAGGAGGCUUCAAUUUCUAGCCUGCUUUUGUCUGAAGCUCGAAGGCUGUAAGCUGAUCCCGCUGCACCCGGCUCCCUCAGAAAGGAAACUCGACUCCUCCUGCCGGAGGCUGAGCUGAAGCUCAACAGCUGGCUCGCUGGGGCUGGUGCAGGGCAGACCUGUGGAGCUCGAGAGCUGAGACAGGAGACCAGACCGACCAACCAACCGACAGACAGAGAGGCGCACACACACACAUACUGCAGCUCUGGGCAUUUCUCAAUCAGGGCUGUUUGUACAGCCAGCCUCUCUCUCUCUCGGUUAUGUGCUGCUGGACUCAGGACACACCAGUGCAGGCCAGUCUCUCUCUCUCUCUCUCUCUCUCGGUUGUGUGCUGCUGGCCUCAGGACACACCAGCUCAGGCCAGUCUCUCUCUCUCUCUCUCUCGGUUGUGUGCUACUGGACUCAGGACACAUCAGUGCAGGCCAGUCUCUCUGUGUCAGGUCAGGUCGAUGGGGAGCGCUGCUCAGAACAUGUGCCUCUCUGUGGGAUUCCUGGAAAAGUAAAGAGGAGAUGAACCCAGAGCUAUGCUCUGGAGUGCUGAAAGAAACAGAAAGAACAAAACAACAAGAGGAAGAAAAAAAGAAAAAAGAUGUCAGAGGAGGCAGACCUGGGUGAGGUUCCAGACCCCUCCCCAGAUGGCAGCCUGGACCCGCGUGCGAGCCGCAAGCUGGACUGCAUCAUCUGCUACUCCUCCUUUAACCUGCGUGAACGCCUCCCACGCAAGCUGCACUGCGGGCACACGUUCUGCCAGGACUGCCUGCGGCGGCUGGACACGGUGCUGAACGAGCAGCGCUGGAUCCCCUGUCCGCAGUGCCGGCAGAACACCCCCUGUCCACGGGGCGGGGCUGGCACGCUCGACCUGGACCUCAGCGCCUUCCUCGCUGCCAAAACCCAGGCGGAGACCCGCAAGACAUCGACCCGGCCAACCGGCGCCGAACCCCACAGCAAAGCGCCCAGCGGCAAGCAGCAGCCGAUCAGCGAGCAGCCCUCUGUGUGGAGCCUGGAGCUCCCCUCGGAGCCACGCUUCCCCAGGAGCCCCUGCUGCUGCUGUUGCUGCCGCUGGUGGGUGUGAGCGGCCAGCAUCCCGGUUCAGUGCAAAGAGAUCAACCCUGUCCAGGCUGGAGGGGUCACAGCGGCAAACCCAGCCCUCGUUUCCAGGAGGGCUGCCCCCUCGUUGACUCACACACGACCUUGACUGGCCCAGCGUAGCAACUUUCCAACUGACACAGGAAAUGAACAGGAUCAGAAAUCAAGGACAGGCACCUGAGCCACCGCUGCUGUGUGGCACAGAUAAAGAGAGUGUCUCCUUUCUCACCCUGACAGACUGAGACAGACUUGCACAGGCUCAGCACUGCAGGCACUUUGAGCAACGGCAGGUGGAAACACGUCGUAUGAUAUGGGAGAUGGAUUCUCCAGCCCUGGAAACUCUUGCGGUAAUUGUGUGAGAACCCUGACCCGUGUGAAUCCAGAGGGGUUGUGUUGUAAACAGGAAUCAGUACCGCCUCUAUCCUCUGGAACGAUGAGGAGAGUCUCUUGCAAUGCAAGUGAUGCUCAGAUUAGCCGAGAUUAGGGUGGAUCGCUCUGCUUCACAUUGCUCUGCACUGACACACUCUUCCAGUUUUUUGUAUUAAAUCCGCUUCAUUUCCUCUAGUCCUGGUAUCUGUGCUUCUGGUGUCAGCUUUGGUGUAACUUUUUUUUCAACUCUUACUUUUAAAUCUCCACCUGAUUCUUUUUUGUUCUCGGCUAAAUAGAUUCCCUAAAUGGAUGUAAAUAAAAAUAAAGGAACGAUUACUUUUUGUCAAUCUGAUCGGCAUUAAUAAAAAAAUAAAAAAAUAAAUACUCGCCAGAGUCACGUUUUAAUUUUCAGCACACCUGUGCACGUGAGACCCACGCGGAUCGACUGUGUCUGGAGAACGUUUCCAUAGCAACCACUUAC